UGUUGGAGUACCUAAGUACGAGCAGUUAAUUUGCAGUGUUUCAAGCUCGAGCGUCGUUUUCGUGACAUACGUUGAUAGGAUAAUAUAAAACGUUGUUCAAUCCAAUUUUGAUUGUAUAAAUAAGAGAUCUAUUUAUAAGAAAAUAUUCAAAGUAUAUAACUCUGUAAUUUUAUAAUUGUUUAAGUUUAAAUCUAGAACUUAACCUACAUAUCUUUUAGAAAAUAUUAAAUAUGUAUUUAUCUUUAAUCACGAAUUUUGAACAUUAUUAAUUUUAUCUAUACACUAAGAAUAUUUUAACUAAAUGAAAAAAUCGUUAACAUUUCGUAACAACUUGUUGCUAAUUAACAAAUUUGAAAAAAGGAAAUUUUUCGUGUUUAAAAUUUAGAGUGCCAAAUAUUCCUAGAAAAAUGUUAAUGUUUUAAGUCACUUAAUUUAAUGUUUAGAAUUCUUAAUUUAAAGUACUGAAUAUCAAAGCCUUCAAAAAAUUGUAUUAAAAAAAUUUUAUUUUAACAUUUACGUUAUGAUAAGGAGUGGAUAACUAAUUAUAAAUGUUGAAUGUUUAUAAAAACUUUAGAAACACUGAAAAUAUAUAGUUCUUGUACUAUUACUCUGUCAAAGUUUAGUAUACAUAAGAGUGAUCAUUAUGAGUUCAGGAUUUAUAUCAGAAGCUGAAAUUGCAGAACAGCGAAGAAUACGACAAGAAGAAUGGGAACGUGUACGAACUGCAGACCAACCAUUAGAAGCUCCAGAAGAAACAUAUGAUACAAGAUCUUUAUAUGAACGAUUACAAGAACAAAAAAACAAAAGAGAUGCAGAAUAUGAGGAAGCACAUAAGUUGAAAAAUAUGAUAAAAGGUUUAGAUGAUGAUGAAGUGGAAUUUUUGGAUUUGGUGGAUAGAACAAAAUUAGAAGAAGAGCGUAAAAAAAAUCUUGAAGAAGAAAAAGAAAUGCGAGAUUUCAAAGCUGCUGUUGCUUCAUUACAAGAAAAAUCCUUAAAUGAAAAAUUAAAACAAGAAUUAAAAAAUCCUCAAAUUGUAAAUAAAAAUAUUUCUUCUGGAAGUCGUACUUCGCAAUUAAAAUUAUUAGCUGGUGUUGUAGUUAAACGUCCUGAAAAACAAAAAGAAGAUCUUGCACGGGGUGUUAAAAGAAAGUUAUCUGAUGAAAGCAAAGACACAUCAAAGAAAGAAGAUUGUGAACUAAAUGAACAAAUAAUAGCUGAAUGUGAACCCGCAUUCAAAACUGAUACUUUAGAACAUAAAAAUACAACAAAUGAAACAGGCAUGAAGUGUAUUGGAAUUUUGCCUGGCCUUGGCACAUACGAAGAUUCUAGUGAUAGUGAAUGUAGUUCAGAUACAGAUCAAGAUCCGGAACCAAAUCAUUCCAAAUACGAUCUGUUAGGUCGAAAAAUUAAAAUUUUGAAAGAUAAAGAAAAAAGCUGAAUGCAAAGUAUUUACAAUCGCCUUUUUAUUCAUAGGUAACAAUCAUUUUAUUUUGCAAUUUACUGUAAUUGUACAAUAUAAAUAUAUUUUUUGCAAUAAU